AUGAGCGAUAGUGCCAGUUCCGGUGGAACAAACAUUUUGAGCUUGAACUCCUUUUGUUUGUAUAAUAUAUUUCGUCGGAUCAAAAUAAAUUGUGAGAGAGCACAUCGCGUCAAGGAUACCUUGGGGAAGUACCUGGAUCUCGUGAAUUUUGCCCUCAGUUGCAAUAUCUUGACCAAAUCAUUCAGCGAAUGGAACCCCGAACUGUUCGAAAAGCUGAAUAUGGCGCUGGACUUCUCGAGUAGAGCCCCACUGAUAAAUGUGAACUUAUCGAAUCUAUACAAGUUCAUGCACAACCAGUCCAUGAAUGAACAGAAGUUAUUCUGGUCCGCUUACCUGAAUGGCAUCAGGGAGAACGAUGAGUUGGAAUCGGUGAAAGUGACUUACAAGCCAGCGCAGUACUAUCCCGAACACCUGGAUAGGUUUGAGGCUUUGCUGAAUGUUCUGAAGGAGAAAAACACUUUGCGGGAGCUACACAUUAUAAUUAAGGGCUACAGCUUGUGGAAUGUGGGAAUCGAAGGACUGCAGACCUUGCAUGUGGAUGCCCGAAUGGAUGUGAAUGACCUGAUCCAGUUGUUGCAAAAGAGUCCUAACUUACGCCGACUUAAAUUAACCAGUGCUGAACUAUCUGGAAGAUUGUCUGACAUCGUUCCGUAUUGCAAUCAACUCGAAUACCUCACAAUUUCAAUGAAGAAUGAUCUAGAUGCCGCGCAGUAUGCACCUUUUGCCCAUUUGCCUCUACUGAAGGACUUGACUCUCCUGGGGGUACCUGAGGAGGGUUCCCUGCUGAAGCUUUUUCAAGGCCUUAAAGAAACCCUAAUCCAGCAUAUAAGCAUUCCAAACAUGAUCGCAGUGAAAGUACAUCAUCUCAAUGGCUUCAACGCUGAAAGAAGGCGACUAGAUCGAAUCCGAACCGAGCAAUGCGAAGUUCGUAUGAUCAAUCUAAACCAUCCCGACUGGACUGCCGUUCUAGACAUUUUCGAAAAACAUGAUGUGUCUAUAAAUGUCCAAAUUUUUACACCUUUGAUUAAUUUAAGGAACCUAACGAGUCUUGUGAUCUCGAGAAUCUCCGUAUCUUUAAGGGAACUUUUUAAAAACUUUGCCUCGAUGAAAACACACAUUCUGGAGGAUUUGCGAGUCGGAUUCCUUAGUCCCGAAGAAGUGGUUGAGGUAGCCAAAAUUCGUAGCCUGAAAGAACUCGAGUGCAGUUUCUUUUGUUCCAGAUCCCUCGAACAUCUAGCCACGAUGAAUCAGCUUGAGUUGCUCACCAUAAACGUUCAUCCUCAGGGGCGAUUGAGAGGUCUAUUCAAAGCUCUGGCCUCUAGGCAGGAUCAACCACUAAGGUGUCUCUCAAUUGAGAGGACGAGACUUACUUUCGAAGAGGUUGACGACCUAGCAAACGUUAAAUCCUUGGUGAUUUUACUACUGGGAUUACCAGAUAAACAGGAAUGGCAACACUCACUGGGAUAUAAGCCUGGAAGCCAAUAUCAAUACGUUCGCUAUUGUCAAAAGUGCAAAUUGCCUACAAGGGGCUCCGAUCAUAUAGAGCACAGCAUUCAUACCAAGGCCCUGCCCUUUCUUCCAUAUGAAGCUGGCUUUGACAUUCAGGUUAAAUUCCUUACCGAAUUGUAUGAGACUUCAACUCCCUUUAAUCUAAACCUAUUGGCCAAGCUUCCAAUAUUGCGGUAUUUGAGUACAUUUGGAUACUCACAAAAAGUUGUGGAGAAUCUGGUUAGGACUCUAGCCUCAGAAGACCCGCAAAAAAUGCGCAAAAUAACAUUUGGCUCUCAAGACUUUAAGCUUAUUUCUCAAUUCGAAGAAUUGCAAUAUCUGGACACUUUUUUUUACCAUAUCAAUGACAUUGACAGUUUCGGCCUCCUAAGUAAUCUAAAGGAGCUGUGUUUGAACAAUCCCCACGAAACAGAUAUGUAUCCGAUUCUAACAAAACUCAAAGAACUACCUUAUUUAGAGAACUUGAUUGUGAACGGCAAAGAUCUGAAUAACUAUGAAAUUGUAGAGGUAGUUUGUAUAAAAACCCUAAAACUACUUACUGUAGGCAUUGCUUCGAAUGAAUGGCUUAAAUAUCUAAUGUUAGCAAAGGGGCUGGAGAAUCUAAUUAUAACUUCAACUCACUAUGCAAACGAAAAUGAGGUUGACUACAUUAACUAUAUUUGUAUGAAAUGCACCAAAUUGAAAUCGUUUACCCUUCAUCGAUAUUAUGGAUAUUUAACGAAAAAGAAAGUGGGGGAACUCUUGGAAACUCUCAAAUCGGUUCGUGAUCCUCCUAAUUAUCCCAAUUUACUGCUACGAGGCAUAUGGGUGGACUUCGAGCGCCUGCGUCAGGUGUACCACUAUAACGAAACGUAUUUAGAGCUGGAGUCACUCACCGCUGUUGGAUAUCUAAGCAGUGACGAAUCCGAAGAAUCCGAUAGUGAUAUAGAUAACACACUUGAAUGA